AUGUCGUUCCAACAAAGCGCCUGCGAUAUUCACCUGAACCCCGAGCGCGAAGGAACCACCUCCCUGGUUGCGAUAUGCAACAACGACGAAGGAUCCGGCCUGACCAGCAAGAUCCCGCUCGACAAGUUCCUCGGAAACGAAGAUGGUCACUUCGUCUGGGGCGGAAAGAACAUCACGCAAUCAUGUCGGAAUAUGCAACUGCGCAGAGAAGGGCCGAAUCGACUGCCCAUACUUCAUGCCGACCUCCGGAACAGUGCAGGCGAUUUCGUGCCUGCAGAUUGUCAUCUUGAGGAGCAUAUCUGGAACAUUGACGGCGAGUUGCUGUACAAGCCUGAUAUGGAUUAG